UCACAGCUUAGAUUACAGGCUAACUCUCAUCCAGAAACAUUACAUUUAUCUAACAUAAAAUAAACCAUCUGUACAUGAAUACAACUCAGAAUGGAGCGAGGACUCAUCUGGAUGAAGUGUUUCUGACUGUAUGAAGGUAGAAGGUGUGUGUGAGCUGAUGUGAAUCCAGCAGCAUGGAUCAGUGUGAGGACAGAGAGGAGGGAGUCCUUCCCUCCAAAACCUCCCCCAGGGGAAAACCUGGGAGAGAAGAGAGGAGACCUGGACCUGGACCUGGACCUGGACCUGGUCCUGGUCCUGAACCUGGACCUGGACCUGGACCUGGACCUGGACCUGGACCUGGACCUGGUCCCAGCUGUGUGUCCUUGAAGAGUGAUGCAUCAAAGGAUUUCAUUUGGGAGUUUAAAGAUACCCAACGAUCUUCCUCAGUGAGAAUGGACCAGCAGAUCUCAGAGUCCCCCAGCGGUCCGUCUGUCCAGCAGCAUCAGACCCAGCUGGACUCCAUCUUUCAGCUGCUGGAGGACGACAUCGUCAUGUUUGUGAAGGACGAGCUGAAGAAGAUCCAGAAGGUUUUGAGUCCAGAUUACCCAGAAUCCUUAGAGAGUCUGGAGGAGGAUGGAGAUGAAGAGCAGAAGAGCAUCAGAGAGACAUUCAUGAAGAUCACAGUGAAGUUCUUGAGGAGGAGGAAGCAGGAGAAGCUGGCCGACCUCCUGCAGAGCAAUACCGUUGCUGCCGUUUGUCAAUCCAAACUCAAAGUUCAGCUGCAGAAGAAGCACCGGCAUGUGUCUGAGGGGAUCACUAAAGCAGGAAAUAAAACCCUUCUGGAGCAGAUCUACACGGAGCUCUACAUCACAGAGGGAGGGACCGGAGAGGUCAACCAUGAACAUGAAGUCAGACAGAUUGAAGCAGCUUCCAGGAAACCAGACGGAGCAGGAACAGCCGUCAGACAGGAAGACAUCUUUAAACCCCCACCUGGAAGAGAUAAACCAAUCAGAACGGUGAUGACGAAGGGAGUGGCCGGCAUCGGGAAAACAGUCCUAACACAGAAGUUCAGUCUGGACUGGGCUGAAGGCAGAACCAACCGGGACAUCCAGUUCCUGCUUCCAUUCACCUUCAGACAGCUGAAUGUUCUGAAAGAGGAGAAGUUCAGCUUGGUGGAACUAGUUCAUCGAUUCUUCUCUGAAACCAAAGAAAUCUGCAGCUUUGAAGAGUUCCAGGUCGUGUUCAUCUUUGACGGUCUGGAUGAGAGUCGACUUCCUCUGGACUUCCACAACUCUACAUUCCUCAGUGAUCCCAGAAGGUCCACCUCAGUGGACGUGCUGCUGACAAACCUCAUCAGGGGGAACCUGCUUCCUUCUGCUCGUCUCUGGAUCACCACUCGACCCGCAGCAGCCAAUCAGAUCCCUCCUGAGUGUGUCUCCAUGGUGACGGAGGUCAGAGGGUUCACUGACCCACAGAAGGAGGAAUACUUCAGGAAGAUGUUCAGAGAUGAGGAGCAGACCAGCAGGAUCAUCUCCCACAUCAGGACAUCACAGAGCCUCCACAUCAUGUGCCACAUCCCAGUCUUCUGCUGGAUCACUGCUACGGUCCUGGAGAACGUCCUGGAGAACGUCCUGGAAACCAGAGAGGGAGGGGAGCUGCCCAAGACCCUGACUGAGAUGUACAUCCACUUCCUGGUGGUCCAGGCCAAACUGAAGAAGGUCAAGUAUGACGGAGGAGCUGAGACGGAUCCACACUGGAGUCCAGAGAGCAGGAAGAUGGUGGAGUCUCUGGGAAAACUGGCUUUUGAGCAGCUGCAGAAAGGAAACCUGAUCUUCUAUGAACCAGACCUGAGAGAGUGUGGCAUCGAUGUCAGAGAGGCUUCAGUUUACUCAGGAGUGUUCACCCAGAUCUUUAGAGAGGAGAGCGGCCUGUACCAGGACCAGGUCUUCUGCUUCAUCCAUCUGAGUGUCCAGGAGUUUCUGGCUGCUCUUCAUGUCCAUCAGACCUUCAUCAAGUCUGGAGUCAACCUGCUGGGAGAUCAACUAACAACUCUCCGUUCUUCAACCAGUUUCUAUCAGACAGCUGUGGACAAGACCUUACAGAGUCCCAACGGACACCUGGACUUGUUCCUGCGCUUCCUCCUGGGUCUUUCACUGGAGACCAAUCAGAACCUCCUACGAGGUCUGAUGGAACCAGAACAAAGAAUUUCACAGACUUAUAAGACUCUCCUACAACGUUUCUGGGAACCAAAACAAAGUUCACAGAGCAAUCAGGAAACUAUCGAAUACAUCAAGGAGAAGAUCAGUGAGGAUUUGUCUGCAGAGAGAAGCAUCAACCUGUUCCACUGUCUGAAUGAACUGAACGAUGGUUCUCUGGUGAAUCAAGUCCAACGGUCCCUGAGGUCUGGACCUCUCUCCACAGAUAAACUGUCUCCUGCUCAGUGGUCGGCUCUGGGUUUCAUCUUACUGUCAUCAGGAGAAGAUCUGGAGGUGUUUGACCUGAAGAAGUUCUCAGCUUCAGAGGAGGCUCUACGGAGGCUGCUGCCGGUGGUCAAAGCCUCCAAGAAAGUUCUACUGAGUGGCUGUCACCUCUCAGGGAACAUCUGUCCACUUCUGUCCUCAGUUCUCAGCUCUCAGUCCUCUAGUCUGACAGAACUGGACCUGAGCAACAACGACCUGCAGGAUUCUGGACUGGAGCAGCUGUGUCCUGGACUGGAGAGUCCACACUGUCACCUGGAGUCUCUCAGGCUGUCAGGCUGUCUGAUCUCAGAGGAAGGAAGUUCUUCUCUGGUCUCAGCUCUGACCUCCAACCCCUCCCACCUGAGAGAGCUGGACCUGAGCUACAACCAUCCAGGGGAGUCAGCAGGGAAGCUUCUGUCUAGACUGGAGGAUCCCCGCUGGAGCCUGGACACUCUCAGGGUGGAGCCUGCUGGACAACGAUGGCUGACACCAGGUCUGAGGAAGUAUUCCUGUCAACUCACCAUCGACACAAACACAGUCCACAACGAGAUCAAACUGUCUGACGACAACAGGAAGAUGAUGUCUGUGGAGGAGGAUCAGUCAUAUCCUGAUCAUCCAGACAGGUUUGAUGUUAAACCUCAGCUUCUGUGUAGAGAAGUUCUGACGGGUCGCUGUUACUGGGAGGUCCAGUGGAGAGAAUAUGUUUCUGUAUCAGUGAGUUACAGAAGAAUCAGCAGGAAAGGAAACUCUGGUGACUCUUGGUUUGGAGGAAACAAUCAUUCCUGGAGGUUGGACUGUUAUCCAGGUUAUAAGUACCAUGUCUAUCACAAUAACAGAAAAACAUCCAUCACCUACUCAUAUCCACCUCCACACUCUGGCAGAGCAGCAGUUUACGUGGACGUUCCUGCUGGAACUCUGUCCUUCUAUGAAGUCGUCUCUGACAGACUGAUCCACCUCCACACCUUCAACACCAGCUUCACUGAACCUCUCUAUGCUGGACUUGGACUAUACUGGUCUAGGUCCUCAGUGUCUCUGUGUCCAGUUUAGUCUCCAGAGUCUCCGGUCAGAGAAACUGUCUCUGUUGGAUCCUGGACUCUGGUUCUGGUUCUGGUUCCUCAGUGUCUCCAUGAUGAUGAUGAUGAUGAUGAUGAUGAUGAUGAAGAAGAAGAGAUGAUCACCAUUUAUUCUUAGUCUUUUGGUUUAUUGUAUUUUUAUUUGAUCUUUUUCACAUUUAAACAUUGACUAAUUUACUUUACUUUAGGUGUGGUUAAACCUCUGACCUAUAUCUUUAAUCUUUCAUUCAGAACUGGAAUCUUUCCAAAUGAAAUGAAAACAGCAAAAGUAAUUCCUUUAUAUAAGUCUGGUGGAAAAGAACUAUUGUCAAACUAUAGACCAGUGUCUUUACUUCCGCAAUUGUCAAACAUUUUGGAGAAAAUAUUUGUCACAAGAUUGGAUAGUUUUAUAGAAAAGCAUGACAUCAUGAGUGAGAAUCAGUACGGUUUUAGAGCAAACCAGUCUACUGGAUUAGCACUUAUGAAACUCAUGGAUGAAAUAACUACCGCCAUUGAUAAUAAAUUACACACGAUAGGAAUUUUUAUUGACCUUAAAAAGGCCUUUGAUACGAUCGAUUAUGAAUUACUAAUGCAAAAGAUGUAUAAGUAUGGCGUCAGAGGGGUAGCUUACUCUUGGUUGUGCUCUUAUCUAAGUAACAGAUGGCAAUAUGUAUCUUGUGAUAAAACUGAUUCUGUGUUAUUAAGAGUUACAUGCGGGGUCCCGGAAGGGUCUGUGCUGGGGCCAAAAUUAUUAGGGCCCGAGCACUGAAAGUGCGAGGACCCUAUUGUAUCUGUGAUGUUUAUUAUUAGGGCCCGAGCACUGAAAGUGCGAGGACCCUAUUGUAUCUGUGAUGUUUAUUAUUAGGGCCCGAGCACUGAAAGUGCGAGGACCCUAUUGUAUCUGUGAUGUUUAUUAUUAUUAGGGCCCGAGCACUGAAAGUGCGAGGACCCUAUUGUAUCUGUGAUGUUUAUUAUUAUUAUUAUUAUUAUUCUCGCCGUAAAUAAAUUGCCUUUUUGGAGGCCUUAAAAUGCUCCAAAACUCACCAAAUUUUGCACACGCUUCCAGAGUCGCGUAAAAUUACGUAUUUUAUGGGCGACAGGCAUGGGUCCACAGGAAUGGGCUCUAUAGCGCCACCUAUUUUAUGUUUUUUGACGAGCCCCACAAUAUGGUUUGACUUACAGCAAUGACCUUUAUGUGUGUAUUAUAUUAGACAAAGAGCUACAAAAAAGUCUUUUGGACCCAUGGUCUAAGUUACACAGGAAGUCUGGCAUUUUGAACAGAAAAUGUCAUUUUUGAUGAAUUCUGGUCAUUUCCAGGCCUCGUACUUUAACGAACUCCUCCUAGAGAUUUUAUCGAAUUGGCUCACAACUUGGUUUGUACAAUCUAGACACAUGGCCGACGCUAAAUUGCGAAGCUUUUAAGUUUCUGCCAGAGGGCUUGACCGUAGUGAUCCGGCGAAGUUUGAGGUCAUUUUUAAGCUUCGCCAUCAAACAUCAAUUGGCUGUAAUUCAGUAAUACAUGAUUUGAUGUGGCCGAAAACGUAUGUGCAUGAUUGUAGGUUGGGCCUGAACCCAUCUAUGGUGGAAUAUUCAGGAUCGGUUGUAGCGCCACCUGUUGGCACCAGGAAUUGUCAUGUCUUCUAGUAUGCAUCUGUGCUCCAAACAAGAUCAGUUUAUUGAUCUCAAAGUUGGUGAGAUAAUAGGUAAGACAUUGACGAUGAGUAACAGAGAAAACUGUAAGUUUGUGUCAAAGGGCGUCGCUGUCAGAGGUUGUCAAAUUUCGGGGUCUCGCCAUGAACAUAAAAGUUGUUGUAACUUAAACAUAAUUGGUCAGAAUGAACCCAAAUUCAAUACAUUUAAUCGGGCUUGCAUUCUGAACAAGUGGAUAUGACAAUCAUGGAUGAACUCCAUAGCGCCACCUUUUGGUCAGGUAUACAUUUUUCAUCAAAUUAUGUGCUUUAGUUGCUGUUUGGUUUAUCCAAUCUUAAUGUGAUUGACACAUUUGAUUGGCAGUAGAUUCCUUGUUGACUGUGUCGCGUAUCGUGGUUAUUUCUUGAAAGGAAUUGGCAUUUUUAUGUCACUCUGUAUUUCUGGAAAAAUAUUAAUUAAAAAUCAAAGAUUUUGUGUAAGGAAAAUCAAAUGACAGUUUCAGAUAGCUUACAACAGGAGUAAAAAAUCAUACACCGUAACAUAUUGUGUUUGAAAAACUUGGUCACUCUAAAAAUUAAAAAAAUGAACUAAUAACGUAAAAAGCUAUGUCUUUGUCAAUAAAUGUCAUAGACAUAUGGGACUUCAUCAGUAUAUUGUUUACUGUAUUUUGAAAAUGUCCUGUGAUUUUGAUAAACCUAAUCAUUAGACGUGAUUUUAAAUGAAUAUUUAUGUGUGAUCAGACUGUGUCUCAGUCAGAUCCAG